AUGUCGAGCUCAUCGGAGUAUUCGGGGUUUUCCGGCAAUCAGCCGGCGAAGUCGCAGGAGAAGUCCUCAUUCUCCCAGACUUGUAGUCUAUUGAGCCAAUACCUCAAGGAGAAGGGCAGCUUCGGAGACCUUACCCUCGGGAUAACAUGCAACACCGAAACAAAUGGGUCCUCUGAGACAUCAUGUCACUCUGCAACAACCAUGGAGCUGUUUCCUACCAACGUGACACCACAACAAAACCUGACAACUAUGGAUUUGCUCUCUCCACAAGCUGCUUAUCCUCGCCACACUGAGGUUCCAACCUUGGUAAACUCAAGUGCAUUUAAGUCUACAGAGAAGGAACCUAAAUCUGCACAGUUGACAAUGUUUUAUGCUGGGCAAGUUAUUGUAUUUGAUGAUUUUCCCGCUCACAAAGUGGAGGAGAUGAUGGCAUUUGCCACCAAAGGAAUCUCCCAAAGCCAAAAUUCCUCUGCUGCUUAUACUUCCACUCACAGUCAGCCUUCGAUUAUUCCUAAUAUCAACCCUCAAAUACCAUCCAGACCAAUUCUUUGUGACCUACCAAUUGCUAGGAAAGCUUCACUUCAUCGGUUCCUGGAGAAGAGGAAAGAUAGAAUUGCUGCCAAAGCACCAUAUAAAACAAGCAAUCCCAUCACGGCCCCUAAUAAGCCGGUUGAAUCCAUGUCAUGGCUUGGAUUGGGUGCUAAAUCAACACAAAUCUAAGCGCAGUUCCAAUCUCAAGUAGUUUUAGCCUUUUUUUUUAUGGGCUUCUCCACAAGCUCUG